AUGAAGUGGACCUACAAAGAAGAUAACAGCUUCGAGAAGCGCCGCGCCGAAGGUGAGAAGAUCCGCCGAAAGUACCCAGACCGGAUUCCGGUUGUCGUGGAGAAGGCACCCAAGUCAAGACUACAAGACCUGGACAAGAAGAAGUACCUAGUACCAUCUGACUUGACCAUUGGACAAUUCUACUUCUUGAUCAGAAAACGAAUCCAUUUGAGACCUGAAGAAGCUCUGUUCUUCUUCAUCAACAAUGUCAUUCCACAAACCACGACAACGAUGGGACAGCUGUAUCAGGUAGGCUUUCAUUUUGGCAUAUUUUUUGUGUUAAGGGAAGUGGAUACUGCUUCGGUCAAAAAGUAGACAGAAAACUGGAGAAUCUUUUAAAAUAAUGCACUGAUUAUGCUAACCCUUUGACUAAACUAGUUACUUUUCUUCUUAUAAAAAUGCACAAUAUAAAGAUAUAUUGCAUUUACAAGAACUAUUCUGUCGUAUUUUUAGGACCAUCACGAAGAGGACUUGUUCAUGUACUUGGCCUACUCAGACGAAAGCGUCUACGGUAACAGCGACGAAUAA